AUGGAAACUGCAGCAGUAAGUGUAGAUGUGUUCGCAAGGGCUUUUUCUCAGGAUCCAUCUCUAGGGUUCUUAAGCACUGCGGUAAUUUCUCUAAACCGUGAAUUCGAGGAGUUUCUCGUAGACGAAAACGGUGGUAACGUCUCAUCUCUCGGAUCAUACCCUGCUUCUAAUUCUCGUCCCGACCGAGAAAUCUCUCUGAAACUCCAGAAUUUCACACCGAACCAUAUCUACAAACAUCUCCAGAAUCGAUUUCACGAUCAUGUUUUGUCCCGACAAAUAUGUGAUCGGAUGGUUGUCGAAGCCGAGAAGCAAAGUCAAAGUGUUCCCUUGUCCAUGGUGGUCUCUGUGAAACUGACUCAGAAAGUUUUCAUCGUCGUGCCUUGUAAUUCAACGACAGAUUUUGAAACAGAGAGUUGUGUUAUAUGUUUUGAGAAUCUGUCCGAGUCAGAAUCGGAGACUAAACCCAUAUGCGAGUUACCUAAUUGUCCUCAUCGUUUUCAUGAAGAAUGUUUCUUGGAGUGGUACUUAGAUCGACAAAACAAUUCAUGCCCUCUCUGUCGCCAAUCUAUUUACUAA